AAACCUUAUUUAUUCAACUGAUUAGAGCACACAGCACAGCUGUUUUACCUUUUAUCUAUAAAACUCUUUUCCACAUAAGCCACGCAAUUCAGUUGUCUGCCGAAAGCACUUGCGUGUAGUAACCGACGGAAGUAACCGCUAGUUUUAACCAAGCCACUAACUACGUAUAAUUCGAAUAAAAUAUUAAAACAAUGAAAUUUAUGUGCUACAUUGCGUCCUUCCUGCUGUGCAUCGUACUAUUUGCCGCACUGAGCGAAGCUGCAGCAGUCGACGCUGAUAACGAGGAGGGACCCGUCUGCAUAUGUCCACGCAACUUUAAGCCAGUCUGCGCCGCUAAUCUGGUAACCUAUCCGAAUCGUUGCAUGUACGACUGCAAGCGUCGGGACGAGGAGCGUAAAGGGCGUAGUCUGGAAUUGCUGCGUUCCGGACCAUGCGAGGAGUGACAUUUAUAACGUGAACUUUAUUGUAUAUGCUAAGCUGAAGUGAAUAAUAAAAUAAAUGUGAUAAAGUAA